AUGGAUGACAAUAGAUGCUGGCAUAUCCUUCGGCAUGUCAUCGUGAGAGGCUUGGAGUGGCCGACGGGGCAGCUGGCAAUCUGUAUUUACAGCCCUCCGCCACCCGUGCAGUCGUUCACCUCUCUCCAUUCUUUCACUGAGUGUGAGAUUGCUAGAAAGCAUUGGGCCAUGCUUCUCCAAACCGUUUUGGCCGUUGGUAAUUCACACGUUCUGGCUUUUGGCAAGUCUAGUAGCGUUCAGCCGGCCUCGUUUCAGGUUCACCAUUGCCACUCCCAAAUGGGACUCGCCGGUGCUGAGAGGCGAUUCAUUUCUUGUUAG